ACGGUCAUUUUCAACAGUUGGCGCCAUGGCAACGGCAUCAAGACCCGACGCGGACUACGCUGCGUUCGGACGAGAGAGCGCGCGCAUGCUGAUGAACCGCGUCUCUGAAAAGGACACGUCAGUCGCGUGGAGUCACGUGAAAGAGUACGACGGCAUCAACAUCUCGCGUGGUGUCGUUGACGACAACGACUGGAACGUUAUCAAGGCUGUGGGGAUUGUCCGCUGUCCUGCUCGUAUUCUUGCAGAUCGUUUGACUGAUCCCAAGGAGAUGAAAACGUUCGACGAAAACACGGAUGUGUGCAAUGUCUUGGUUGACGUCGAUGACCGCACAAAGGUGCUGCACGUCAAAGCCAAGGCUGUGUUCCCCACCACUGCUCGCGACUUUGUCGUAGUGACUGCAAAGGAAGAGUCCAUCGAAUCGAAGAAUUUAACUAUCGUCAUUGCGUCGCGCUCCGUCAAACACGAUGCCGCUCCAUUGGACCCCUCGUAUGUCCGGGCUACAACAUACCUCUCGGGGUAUGUCAUCCGAUCUACAUCGACGUCGGCAUGCGAAGUGACCAUGCUUGUCCACAUGAACUUGGGCGGGUCGUUGCCGUCGUUCGUCAUCAACAUGCUCGCAGUCGAUGCACCGCUCCAUCUCAUCGGCAAACUACGUGAGUUGUACGCCGAUCCCGACAGCGACUAAAACAACGGCGACGACACGUACAUUCGCCAUGCAACGAACGAUGCAUGACGUGUCGAUCGCAUGCGAACGCCACGUGGGGGUUCACAUGCAAAAAUGCAUAUUUUCAUUAUUAUAUGGUGGCACUCUCAGCAAAAAUUUGCACAUAUCGAGCCAAGACAGAGGAAAAAUUGCAUAUUUUUCGUACAAAUUCCUGGAGUGUC